AUGGCGGCGCGUGUGGAUCUAUGCGCAGCAACUGGCGCUAUUGGGCACCCAAGAUCUCUCAACAUCAGCAUGUCCAGAUGUUCGCUCGUGGACAUCUCGCAGGAGAAGGUCAACGAGUGGCUCCGCUAUGCCAUGCAGUGCGUCGUCAAAUCUUUCCGUCUUGACCUCCCAAACCCAAGGCACAGCAUGUUCAGGCCAUGGCCACCCCUCCGGGUGGAUGGACCGGCUGUCGUGUUGCCCGACCGUGGGAGGAUGGCGUCCAUCGAGAUGUUUCUACCAUCAUGCUACAGCUUCCAGCUUCCGGUGGCUGCGUCGGCCAAGUACGAAGCGCUUACAGAUCUCAUGCUCUGCAGUGCGUCUUCCUUCGACGGGGAGUCCAGCGCCGGCGGCGGGCGUACACUCGGCGACUUUGUGUCGUCGUCCUGCUGCCCUCGCCUGCGUAAACUUGAGAUCUCCUCCAUCAAAGGAUUGGCCCAGCUUGCCAUCUGCUCCCAGACGCUCGAAAGGUUUGAGCUUGAAUCUGCAAAUGACCUACGAGUGCUGGACGUAACCGCACCCAACCUUCGCGUCCUCGAGCUACAUGACUGCUGCUUUGGCGAUGAGAGCAAUAACAAGAUCAGAAUUGUGUCGUCGAGGCUGCAGGAGAUUAGAAUACGCCACGAAUCGAGGCAUCGCCGUCCGUACCUGGUGAUACAUAACCUAACAAGUGUUUGCCGGCUCGAUCUUGAACUAAACAUGCACGGGCAAUACUAUGUUCGCAGCACGGACGUUGGUUUCUGGCUAUUGGAGAAGUGCCCUAGCGUUGAACACGUACGCGUGUGGCUUGAUCAUCUGCGGUCGCCGCCUAGCAGUGUCAUCGAGGGUGACACUAUUGCUGAUUUGACGUUGGAAGGCGUGGCGCCAUUUGCCAGUGUUAGGAGCAUGGAUAUGACCGUGAGAGCACAUCAGUUUCAAGAUUACCAACUAGUGCCAAGUAUAUUUGCCCUGCUUCUGAGGUGUCCACGCCUGAGAUCGUUGCGUAUCAACAUAAAAGAUGAUACAGCAAGCUGGGCGAGAAGUUGGACGUGCUCCUUCUGUGAUGAGCAUCAGUAUUCAUGGACAGAUCACCGGUCGAUCUCCUUGGAAUCACUAGAAGACGUGGAAAUAACCGGUUUCAGAGGAGCGGAUGAGGACAUGGACCUUGUGAGAUUGUUAUUUGCAAGCUCGACGAACUCAAUCAAGAGCAUGACUUUAGACAACAUAACUAAGACUUGCGGUCCCGGUACGGUUUCUUUGAAAUGGAUGACGGCAGACCAAGAUGGUAAUGGCACGGAGACAAUUCAUCAGAAACUAAUGAAUAUACCUACUGUUGAUCGCGGGCGAUGGCAUUUUGGGGAGACCAUAUACACUUGGACGUCCUAUGCAACAGAGAAUACAACACCAGUUAAUGGUGACGACGCCAAUUCUGCCAAUUCAGCAUAG